CUCGACUAAAAUUCAGCCUCCCUCGCCCAAAUGCUUUAAAGCUAGCUUUUUUCCCCAAAACGAUCAAAACCAAUCUGAAAAAGCAGCUAUGGAGCCAAAACCCAAGACGGCCAAGCUUUCAAGAGAGAGCCCAGAUGAUGAUUGUCAAGAAGAUCGACUCAGUGCCUUGCGGAUGGCAUCCUCUGCCACAUUCUCUCGUUUCUUCCCACAAAAUUUGCAGCCUCCACUUCCAUUUUGUCCACCAGAUGGAGGUACAUUUUCUUUGGUGUUCCCAAAAUUGACCUUGACGUUGACGAUACUCUGCUUAUCCAUCCUCAUCAACAAGGAGCAGGCAACGAUGUCAAUGAUGAGAAGGUAGUGGAAUCGGAGAAGUUUAUGGAGUUUGUUAACAGACUACUUAUGAAUUGUGAAUCAACUUCUGUUGUGAAUGAGUUUUGUCUUAUAUGUCGAAAGUCGGCUUCUUGCCAAAAGUUUGGGCUUAGCUUAUGGAUGUCUUUGGUGCUUCCGCGCGGUGUUCAGGUUCUUAACAUCCUAGUUGAUGGUUAUACUAAUUUUCCGCAGUUUGAAGUCUUUCCAUCUGAAAUCUUUACUUGUAAAACUCUUGUAGUCUUGAAAUUACAUGGUUGGCUUGGUCUAAAGCUUCCAAAAGGCCUCUGCUUGCCGAAUCUUAAGGUCUUGCAUUUGCAUACUUUGACACUACUGGGAGAUAAUACAGGUUGGCUACUUUCAUCAAGCUGUCCAUUGCUUGAUGAUUUGGUGAUUGAUGGUGUAGAAUUAUUUGAUGUUGGAUUAAUUGAUUUCAGUAGUCCUUCCUUAACAAGGUUGGCGUGGGGUCAGGGCUCGUUGGGUGGCAAGGUUGUUCUUAAUAGCCCAAAUCUUGAGUAUUUGGAGUAUGCAGGUGAUCUAUAUCCGCUAUUGAGCUCAAAUUGCAAGUUCAAGUUCUUGUUAAAAGCUAUUCUGGCUUUGGAAAAUAAGAACAUGCCACAUGAGCAUGACGCUAACCAGUUUUGUCAAUUUAUUAGUGAAAUGCGCAAUUUGGAAUUUUUUGGUUUAUUUGGGGACUCUUUACAGUGUCUCUAUCAGGCAGGUCAUCUGUUACCUGAAUUUAUAAAUUUGACUCGUUUGGAGCUUUCAACAACGCGGGAUCUCUAUUCGAAAUACUUUGAGACUCUACUGAAGAGCACACCAAAUCUGAAAGUGCUAGUCUGUUACCUGAGUCCACUCAAGAUGUAUGAUGAUAUGCACCUCCACUUCAGCGCGAAAGAGAGACCACUGUGUCUGAAUCAAUAUCUCAGGGAAGUAGAGAUAAAGAGUUUCUUUAUUAUCCCAAAUUAUGGGUUUGAUUUAGUAAGAUAUCUUCUGAAGCAUGGAGCAGUCUUACAGAAGAUGUCUAUACAUGUUGCCACGACAGAAAUGCCAGAAAAUUGGUCCUCAUCAGCUCGCGAGAAGUUAAAUAAGUUCUCAAAGUGCUCAAAAAACUGUAAGAUCAUGCUUAUUUAAUUUGUGCAGGAAAAUGGUUCUUCUAGAUGCUCAAAUGAGCAGAGGAGAUAAAAUUUGUAACUUAUAUAAAUAGAUAGAUGUUGAAGCCAUUUUCUCCUUUAAAAUCAUUGUCUCCCCUGUUCAAUGUUUCUGCCUUUAGAUGGCUUUCAGUUGUGUACUUCCUGUGAACGAUCAGAUGUUGAUGUUUAUAACCCCAUGUGGCUAGGCCUAUGUAUAUCUAGUAUUUUGAUCAAUUAUGGAACAAAGUAAAGUUAGUUUUGUAUUGUAAUUCUUAGCUAUUAGUCAUGAACGAUUUGCAACUUAUAAACUCUCACUUUAUGCUGUU